AUGGUGAACCCCAACGGUUACAGACGCGGUACUCGAUACAUGUUUGCCCGGAGCUUCCGGAAGCACGGUACCGAGCCCCUAUCUACCUUCUACCGCACAUACAAGCGCGGAGACAUCGUAACCAUCAAGGGUAAUGGUGCUUUCCACAAAGGUAUGCCCUACAAGGUGUACCACGGUAAAACUGGCCGUGUCUUCAACGUAACUGCCCAUGGUCUUGGAGUUGUUGUCAACAAGCGUGUCCGGUAUGUUUUUUAUUGUUUUCGUCGGUUUUUAGGCACACUUGAGUUUGCAGGAUGUUGUUAUAGGUUAAUGGAGCUAUAUUGAUGUAUAUGUUCUUUUGUUGAGUGGCUUCAUCAAUAUUUUACGUGAAUAUUGAUUUAGCUGCUUAGUAAAAAUUUAAAAUGAGGGAGAAUGGAUUAUCUUUUUAAUUAGUAGGCGCAAAAUAUUAUAGUAGAUUAAUUUUUAUAAAAUCUGAGGUAAUAAUAUUGAGUAUAGCAUCAUUAUAGUUACACCUAGUAUUAUUUAGCAUCUAGAUCUCUGUUUUGAAACUAAAAUCUAAAUAAGUUGUGUAAAAUACGGUUGAUCGAACCUUGAGUUGAUACCGACUGUUUUUAGCAACCGCAUCAUCCCAAAGAAGAUCAACGUCCGUGUCGAGCAUGUGAAACCCUCUUCAUCUCGUUCCGAAUUCUUGGAACGUUGCAAAAAGAACGACCAACAGAAACGUGACGUGAAAGAAGGCAAAGCUGAAUGGAGACCACUUAAGAGACAGGUAAGGUUGAUAUUACUUUAUAAACUAGGCUUAUUUAGGGAUGAUUGGAUAAUUAUUUGUUGUUUUUUGUUAUGGUAUUUAUCACAUAAUUCUUGCAAAAUAACAAAAUUUAUACUGAUUAGAACUUUUUUAAGCUUAUUUUUCAUUAAUACCUCCAUGUUUUGGCUUUUAUAUUUUUUCACACCUCUAUCUUCGUUCUAAACGUACUGCCUACAUUCUUAAACUUAUUUUUUUCAGCCCCGUGGCCCUCGUGCUGCUCAUCUCAUCAAGGUGAACAAAUUGAACGCUCCAGAACUUUUGGCUCCAGUCAAAUACGAAAUUGUUGCGUAA